GGGAGGAAGCUGCUGAGAUCCAGAUAAGAGGCCGGGGGUUAAUUUAGCAAGAAAAACAGGGGGCGGGAAGAGCCAUAGGGCUAACCUGUCAGUUCGCCACCAUGAACGUUGUUUUUGCUGUGAAGCAGUACAUUUCCAAAAUGAUAGAGGACAGCGGACCGGGCAUGAAAGUACUUCUCAUGGAUAAAGAGACGACCGGCAUAGUGAGUAUGGUAUACACACAAUCGGAAAUUCUCCAGAAGGAAGUGUACCUUUUUGAACGCAUUGAUUCUCAAAAUCGAGAGAUCAUGAAACACCUGAAAGCAAUUUGUUUUCUUCGACCUACAAAGGAGAAUGUGAAUUAUCUGAUUCAGGAGCUCCGAAGACCCAAAUACAGUAUAUAUUUUAUUUAUUUCAGUAAUGUGAUCAGCAAGAGUGAUGUGAAGUCAUUAGCUGAAGCUGAUGAACAGGAAGUUGUGGCUGAGGUUCAGGAAUUUUAUGGUGAUUACAUUGCUGUGAAUCCACAUUUGUUUUCCCUCAAUAUUCUGGGUUGCUGCCAGGGUCGAAAUUGGGAUCCAGUCCAACUAUCCAGAGCAACUCAAGGACUGACAGCUCUCCUUUUAUCUCUGAAGAAAUGUCCCAUGAUUCGUUACCAGCUUUCAUCAGAGGCAGCAAAGAGACUUGCAGAAUGUGUUAAGCAAGUGAUAACUAAAGAAUAUGAACUGUUUGAAUUCCGGCGGACCGAGGUUCCUCCAUUGCUACUUAUUUUAGAUCGCUGCGAUGAUGCCAUCACCCCAUUGCUAAACCAGUGGACAUAUCAGGCCAUGGUCCAUGAACUUCUGGGCAUAAACAACAAUCGGAUUGAUCUUUCCAGAGUGCCAGGGAUCAGUAAAGACUUGAGAGAGGUGGUCCUAUCUGCUGAAAAUGAUGAAUUCUACGCUAACAAUAUGUACCUGAACUUUGCUGAGAUUGGUAGCAACAUAAAGAAUCUCAUGGAAGACUUUCAGAAGAAGAAACCAAAAGAACAGCAAAAACUAGAAUCAAUAGCAGACAUGAAGGCCUUUGUUGAGAAUUACCCACAAUUCAAGAAGAUGUCUGGGACUGUAUCAAAGCACGUGACAGUGGUUGGAGAGCUGUCUCGGUUGGUCAGUGAGCGGAAUCUGCUGGAGGUUUCGGAGGUUGAGCAAGAACUGGCCUGUCAAAAUGACCAUUCUAGUGCUCUCCAGAAUGUAAAGAGGCUCCUGCAGAGCCCCAAAGUGACAGAGUUUGAUGCUGCACGCCUGGUGAUGCUUUAUGCUCUGCAUUAUGAGCGACACAGCAGCAAUAGCCUACCAGGAUUAAUGAUGGACCUUAGGAAUAAAGGUGUUUCUGAGAAGUAUCGAAAGCUUGUGUCUACAGUUGUUGAAUAUGGUGGUAAACGGGUCAGAGGAAGUGACCUCUUCAGCCCCAAAGAUGCUGUGGCUAUUACCAAACAGUUCCUCAAAGGAUUGAAGGGAGUAGAAAAUGUAUAUACUCAGCAUCAGCCUUUCUUACAUGAGACCCUGGACCAUCUCAUCAAAGGAAAGCUCAAGGAAAACCUGUAUCCUUAUCUAGGCCCCAGCACACUCAGAGACAGACCUCAGGAUAUCAUUGUGUUUAUAAUUGGAGGAGCCACCUAUGAAGAGGCUCUAACAGUUUAUAACCUGAACCGUACCACUCCUGGAGUGAGGAUUGUCCUAGGGGGAACCACUGUGCAUAACACGAAAAGUCAAGAAUGUGGGGUCUUGGGCUUCUCUGGUGGCGCCGUUGUUAAGAAUCCGCCUGCCAAUGCAGGGGACACGGGUUCAAGCCCUGGUCCGGGAAGAUCCCACAUGCUGCGGAACAGCUAAGCCCGUGCACCACAACUACUGAGCCUGCGCUCUAGAGCCCGCCAGCCACAACUACUGAGCCCACAUGCCACAACUACUGAAGCCUGUGCGCCUAGAGCUCGUGCUCCACAACAAGAGAAGCCACCGCAGUGAGAAGCCCACGCACUGCAACAAAGAGUAGCCCUGCUCGCUGCAACUAGAGAAAGCCUGUGCGCAGCAACGAAUACCCAACGCAGCCAAAAAUAAUAAAUAAAUAAACUAAAUUAAUUUUUAAAAAAAAGAAUAGAUACCUAAAACACCUAAAAUUAAAAAAAAAAGAAUGUGAGGUCUUGUUGAUACACAGAGGAGGAUCUUUAAGUAUAAUUUCAGGAAAGUUACUCCUUUCCUUUGCACAUGUAGGAGUCUCAUGUGAAGCAAAGAUCACCUCAUAAAUUCCUAUAGGGUUUCCCAGCAUAUUUGUUUCAUUCUUACUAAAAGUCCCUAAUCAAUAACUUCUUGUGUUAUCUUUCCAAAAAAAAGGCAAUGCUGCCUCAUUUCCUGACACUUGUUUUCUGACCUCAAAGUGUCUCCUGUCCAACUGGCCAAAGAGCCAGGCUAGACAGAGGAGCCAGUAUUAACAGAGGUGUUCAGUAGAGGAAUAGAUGAAUUUAGCUUCUGCUCCUUUCCCUCUACUUCACCAUUUUCUUCUUUUGCAAAGGAGUUUGGAAUUUAAAUUUUCUAAGCCUAGAAUCUUCCAGGUCUAAGACUGCACAGCUGUGGUAAUAAUAAGGUACCUGGUCAUUUCUCCAACCCUCAAUCUGCUAUAGAUCUGUAUCCUGAGAAUGAGUCCAGCAUAUUUAUAAGUAAUGCCCCCAAAACUCCUGUGUUAUAGAGAAGGCUUUCUUGCCAAAGGGGAGCUAUUUUAAUUACUUCAUUUAUUCCGUAUACCUUUAUUGGGUACCUACUAGGUGUCAGCCUCUGUGGUAAACCCUGGAGAUCCAAGAUGAAUAAGUGUUAGUCCCACCCUAAGUAACUCACAGUCUAUUUUGGCAUCGAUAAUGUAUAGAGUACCUAAUUAAUAAUAUGGUGCUAAAAUAGCACUAGGACAAAGUGAUAAUAAUGAUGGGGGUGAUUAGUUCAGCAUGGAGGAUAGUCUGGGAAGGCUUCACAGAAAAGGUGGCUUUUAAUCCUCAGCCUUAAAGGAUAAAAGGGAUUUCAUCAGGCAAAGAAGGGGUAGUCUAUCAUUUCAGACAUAGGACAUAAUAAGAGCAAAAGCAUAAAGGUAUGAAAGCUCAGGACAUGUUUAGGGAACAGUGAAUGGUUGGGCAUGGAAGGCACAUAGGCUGCAUAGUUGGUGGGAGAUAGAACCAGACAAGUGAGAGUAUUGUGUGGUACUGAAGGGCACAGAUUCUAGAUCUGGGUUUGAAUCCCAGCUAAGACACUAACUAGUUGUUGUGACCUUGGCAAGUCACUUAACUUCUCUAUAGCUUGGUUUCUUCAUUUUUUAAAUGAGGAUAAUAGCAUAUAUACAUAUACUACAUUUAUAUGUAUACACACACACAGCUUAAACCAGUUCUCAGAACAAAAGAAAUACAAGUAUUAUCAUGAGGUCACAUUAUGAAGGGCCUUGAAUUUUCAUCUGUUUAUUACUCUGUAAGCAAAAGAAAGGUUUUAAAGCAGAAGAGGGGAGAGUAUGCAACAGGAUAUAAUCUGUAUCUUAGAAAAUUGGUGCCACUUUGGAGAGUAGACUGGAUAAAGAAAAGACUAGAGGCACAAUACAAGUUCUGAGGCAGUUUCAAGAGUUUAGAUAAGAGGUGCUAAUAUAACAUGGUUCUGAGUUGAUGUACAAUAGUAGCCUUGCCCUUGAAAAUUCUGGGUUCCUGACUAGAAAUUUCAAACUUGAAAUAUUAGUCUUAACAGAUCUUACAAGUUUAACGCUAAAAGACACAGUGAGAACCCUGAGGACGCGCACAAAAGGGUUCUCCUUCUAGUCUGGAUGUUUUAGUGCUCAACUGAUGCUUCUAUUCUGCACCCAAAUAUCAGACCAGUGCUCUUCCAUUCUAUUCAUGAUAUCCUUUCAUCUAGUUAAAUGUCAUGAGCAAGACAUUCUGUUCUGGAGAUGCACAUUUUUUUUUCCCUUGAGUAACCUCAAGUCUACU